AUGAGAUGUGAACAUGAGAUUAGCCAACUACCUGAGAAAAAAAUCAAAUUGGUGACAAGCAUGAAGAAAAAUGGUCGUCACGCUUUGGCAUUGAAUCUAGCCAAGGUUGCUGUCCCAUUUUUUCGCCAAAAUUGUCACACCCUGGAAAACUUGGUGGAAGAAGAACAAUAUAUCAUCAAAUUUUGGCGCCAAAAAGAACAUUCUACAAAGGCAUGA